AUUGACUCUUAAAUUCAAGUGUUAAAUGCGAAAACUUCGUUUAACUUUAAACCAAUUUUGAGUUUUGCGCCUUUUAACAGGUUUUUUUACACGUCCCACACGGUUGUCCGUCUUCGCCAUUAUUUGCUCACUUCUGAUUGCAAGAAAUUCCGGCACGGAUCGUGCGAAUUCUAAACAAAUCCAAAAUUAGAUAAGUUUUGUUUUCUAACAGUUUUUCACAAACAGUAAAAACAAAUUUUUGUAUGAGUCAAAAGGCAGAAAAACCAGUUCUAUCCGGUCAACGAAUUAAGACCAGAAAAAGAGAUGAAAAGGAGAAAUACGACCCUACUGGUUUUCGAGAUGCAAUAAUUUCUGGACUUGAUAAAUGUGCAAACGAUCCUGAAGCAAUUUCAAAAUUUUUGGAUACAGCUGGCGGAAAGAUUGAUUAUAGAAGAUAUGGAGAAGUCUUAUUUGACAUUCUCAUCGCAGGUGGAUUAUUGGUACCCGGUGGAUCUAUCGCUCAAGAUGGCGACGGUCCAUUUAAAACAGACGCAUGCAUUUUCAGUGCACCAAACGAGAUUGAUAUGGAGGUAAUGAAGAAUUGGGAACAAAUAUUCAUAAAACUGAUGAGACGAUACAAAUACUUAGAAAAAAUCUUCCAAGAUGAAAUUAAGAAGAUACUACUUUUUAUAAAAUACUUUUCUGCCGAAGAUAGGCGCAAACUCUCUUUGAUGAUAUCUUUAUGGAUUUACAAUGGUGCGAUACCAUUUAACGUUGUAUUAGCGUUAAAUAAUCCACAUUUGAUAAAGGAUAAUUUAGCGUUAGAUUUUAUUAUCGAUAUUUUUAAAUGGUGGCGACAGGAGAAAGGACUGGCUAGUUUACAUUCUGCAAUAAAAAAAUCAAACAUUGAAUCACAUUUAUUAUCGUUUGUACCGGACAAUAAACAAAGUCAAAUAUAUUUCCGAAAUGCGUUCGUUGAAUCGGGCUUAGAGGAAAUUUUAAAAUUAUAUGAUGAUCAACAUCAACAAUUGGCCAAAAAACAAUUACAACAACUUUUAUUAGAUAGCUUAAAUGACAACAAACCGAUGAAAGAAACUAUUGCGGAAGUUAAAGAAUUCGCAACGAGAGAAAACAUAUCUGAGCAUGAAGUUGUAUGCAUUGUUUGGAGUACGGUUAUGAGUAUGGCCGAAUGGAACAAAAAAGAGGAAUUAGUUGCUGAUCAGGCACUAAGGCAUUUAAAGGCCUAUACUAGUCUAUUUUCUGCGUUUACAACGCAAGCCCGAUCUGAAUUAAGUCUUGUCCUUAAAGUGCAAGAUUUUUGUUAUUCGAAUAUGGUUUUUAUGCGCACUUUCCAGAAAAUAAUCCUCUUGUUUUAUAAGACUGAUGUUGUGUCAGAACAAGUAAUAUUGAAAUGGUAUAAGCAAGAUUAUUCUGUUAAGGGAAAAAUGAUGUUCCUCGAUCAAAUGAAACAAUUUGUUGAAUGGUUACAAAAUGCUGAAGAAGAAUCCGAUUCUGAUGCAUCCAGUGACUAAAGAGU